AUGGUCAAGGAAACGAAGCUCUACGACACCCUCGGCGUGGCGCCGACUGCGACUGAGGCGGAACUGAAGAAGGCCUACAAGACGAAUGCCCUGAAGUACCACCCUGACAAGAACGCCCACAACCCCGAGGCUGAAGAAAAGUUCAAGGAGGUCUCCCACGCCUACGAGAUCCUUUCCGAUUCCCAGAAGCGCCAGAUCUACGACCAAUAUGGCGAGGCCGGUCUUGAGGGUGGUGCCGGCGGCGGUGGUGGUAUGGCUGCCGAGGACCUGUUCGCUCAGUUCUUCGGUGGUGGCAGCUUCGGCGGUGGCCUCGGCGGCAUGUUCGGCGGUGGCGGUAUGCCCAACCGCGGUCCCCCCAAGGCCCGCACCAUUCACCACACUCACAAGGUCUCUCUCGAGGACGUCUACCGUGGCAAGAUCUCCAAGCUUGCCCUUCAGCGCUCCAUCAUUUGCCCCAAGUGCGAAGGUCGCGGUGGAAAGGACGGCGCCGUUAAGCGCUGCGCCGGCUGUGACGGCCACGGCAUGAAGACCAUGAUGAGACAGAUGGGUCCCAUGAUCCAGCGCUUCCAGACCGUCUGCCCCGACUGCAAUGGCGAGGGUGAGACCAUCAAGGACAAGGACCGCUGCAAGCAGUGCAACGGCAAGAAGACAAUCGUCGACCGCAAGGUUCUCCACGUUCACGUCGACCGCGGUGUUAGGAGCGGCACCAAGGUUGAGUUCCGUGGUGAGGGUGACCAGGCCCCUGGCAUCCAGGCCGGUGACGUCGUUUUCGAGAUUGAGCAGAAGCCCCACCCCCGCUUCACCCGCAAGGAAGACGACCUCCUCUACCAGUGUGAGAUCGAGCUUGUCACUGCUCUGGCUGGUGGAACCAUCUACAUUGAGCACCUCGACGACAGGUGGCUCAGCAUUGAGAUCCUGCCCGGUGAAGCUAUUGCGCCUGAUGCUGUCAAGAUGGUUCGUGGCCAGGGUAUGCCUUCCCCGAGACACCACGACUUCGGAAACCUGUACAUCCAGUUCAGCGUCAAGUUCCCUGAGAAGAACUGGACCGACGACCCGACGGCCUUCGAGGCUCUCCAGAAGCUCCUUCCCGCCCCGUCUCUGCAGACCGUGCCUCCCCCUGAGGCCAUGACCGAGCCUGCCGACCUCGAGGAUCUGGACAACAGCGCACAGGCUAAGGUCUUUGGCGGCGCCGGCUCGAUGGACGAGGAUGACGAGGAUGGUCCCCACGGCGCCGAGCGCGUGCAGUGCGCUUCCCAGUAG